AUGUCGACCGCGACAAAGCCUGAACAGCAUAUGGUCGAGGCCCGUCACGAUAGCGCCGACCCCUCGGUACACUCGGACCCGUUCAAGUCUACGCGCCAGCCUGUGGUAGACGCCGAAGCAUUGGGAGUCAAUGAGAAGGCCGUUCUUCGCAAGACUGACCUCCACCUCCUGCCCUGGCUAUCAUUCCUCUAUCUCCUCUCAUUCCUCGACAGGACCAACAUCGGUAAUGCCAAUCUGUUUGGUCUGUCAGCCGACCUGGGUCUGAACCCGACCCAGUACUCGGCAUGUCUCGCAGUCUUCUUCGCCAUGUACGUCACAUUCGAAGUGCCUAGUAACAUGGUCAUGAAGGCUUGGCGACCGUCCAUGUGGAUCCCAGUCAUGAUGCUCGCGUGGGGGAUAGUCAUGACUCUCAUGGGCAUCGUACGGAACUACGAGGGUCUUCUCGUCGCCCGUAUCUUCCUCGGCGUCACCGAAGCUGGACUUUUCCCGGGUGUCUCAUUCUUCCUUACCCAGUGGUACAGGCGGUACGAGAUCAAUUUCCGGAUUGCCCUCUUCUUCUCAGCUGCCACCAUCGCCGGCGCUUUCGGAGGGUUGUUGGCCAGGUUGAUCAACUUGAUGGAUGGAGUUGCCGGUUUGCAGGGCUGGCGCUGGAUCUUCAUUCUUGAGGGCAUCAUCACCGUCCUCGCCGCGAUCGCCUCCUUUUGGAUCUUAUACGACUAUCCCGAUACUGCCAAGUUCCUCACCCCGGUCGAGAAGCAGUACAUGAGUGAUCGUCUCGCCCUAGACCGUGAUGGCUGCAGCCACGAGUUCAAGUACAAAUUCGCCAAGCAUGCGUUACUCGACUGGAAGAUUUGGGUCUUCUGCAUCAUGUAUCAAGGAUCUCUUAUGCCUGUGUACUGCUUUUCGCUAUUCUCUCCGACCUUGGUUGGCAACAUGGGCUACACGGCGGCCAACGCUCAACUCCUCUCUACUCCGCCUUACGUCGCCGCUGCCAUCUGUACCAUCUUCGCCGGCUGGCUGUCGGACAAGCUUCGCAUCCGCGGUCCACUCGUCAUGGGCUUCGCUGUCCUCGGUGCUGUCGGCUUCAUCAUGCUCCUCGCCUCGGACAUUGUGGGCGUUCAGUAUACCGGUCUCUUCCUCGCCGCGAUGGGUGUCUAUCCCCUCAUCCCGCUUAUCGUCUCGUGGUCCGCCAACAACAUGGGCGGAUCUCUCAAGAAGGGCGUCGGAACAGCCAUGGUUAUCUCGAUGGGUAACGCUGGCGGUAUCAUUAGCAGCUUCCUCUAUCCAUCAACAGAUCGCCCGCGCUUCAUCAAAGGCCACGCCGUCUGCUUGGCCUACUGCGCGAUGACCUUCAUCCUCGCGGGCAUCAUGACGCUCUACCUGGCCAGGCAGAACACAAUCAAGGAUAGGGUGUUGGCGGAGCAUGGAACAGAGUUUACUGCAGAGGAGAAGGUAGACAGGGAAGACGAUGGCGAGAAUGUCCCUUGGUUCAAGUAUACUGUCUGA